AUGGUGAUGAGAAGAAAACAGGUGGAUGCGCAAUACCUGCGAGGAACGAUUACAAAAAACCUAGUAGAGGGGUUUGGCUCAACGUCGUCUAGAUGUGUCUUUGUACGACUGCGGAAUCGAGGGGGGCCAGUAGCAGGAUCCUUCCUGUUCAACUUCGCCAUCGACGAAAUCAUGCGAAGAACAGUCGGUCAACAUCCUGCCGACAUCGUCUUAGCACGAUCAAGGUGCCUCUUGACUGAUCUCGAGUUCGCCGACGAUGUCGUUAUAUUCGCAGAAAGCAGUACGAAACUUCAACAUGUUGUCUUGUAUCGAAGCUGGCUGCAGCCUAUGGACUACGCCUACGCCCUGAUAAAUGCAAGCAGAUGUGGAUCUCUUCGAGACCACGAACGGGAAUCAGGGUGGACGGACAACCAAUCGAACUCGUCGAUGAUUUCUGCUGCCUAG